AUGAUUGCGGCGUAUCUGCGAACCUUUGUCGCUGUUGUCCGCGAUCCGGGCUUGGUGCCGCUCGUCAAUGGCCAAGCAGACGAUGCCAACGAGAAGCAGCCUCCGCCGCCCCCGAGACGACGACGCAGACGGCGGCGCGGAGAUGACCCAGAUGUUGAAGCUCAGUCGUGGACACCGGUCGACAUGAAUCCGGACAGUCCCGGACUGGAAAACUUUUACAGCAAAGACGUGUUUGUCUGCGAGGCCGACGGCCGUCCAAAAUGGUGCUCUGGCUGUCGCCAGUGGAAGCCCGACCGCGCGCAUCAUUCGAGCGAACUUGGGCGCUGCGUUCGCAAGAUGGACCAUCUUUGUCCUUGGGUCGGAGGAAUGGUGUCGGAAACCUCAUUCAACUUUUUCGCGCAAUUUACAUUCUACUGCGCCCUAUACUGCAUCGUUACCCUCGCAAUCACAGCUUACACCCUAAGCCAGCAGUCUAGUGAGCGACCAAACCCAGACGGCUGGGUCGUCGCGGGUUUGGUCCUGUCGGCCUUUUUCCUGCUCUUCAGCGGCGGCAUGGCCCUGACCUCGCUGCGUUAUAUCCUCACCAACAUGACCAACAUUGACAUGUUUUCACGCACGCGCAUCUCGUACCUUGCCGUCAACCUCCCUCUCGAAUCGCCCCCGUCGAACUACUAUCCAACCAUUGUCUACCCGCUAGAGCAGCCCAGCCUCGUCGCUCCGCCACCACCACCACCACCACCUACAGCGGGCGCUGACGAGCCAGCCACCACCGCCAGCCCCCCUAAUGCUUCCGAGUCAGUGCCUGCGAUGCAGACGGGCGCCGUUGCCAGUCGAGACGUGCGGGCGCAGCGCAAAUUUGCGGUUUUGCGGGUAGAAUCGCGCGAGAACCCCUGGGACUUGGGCUUUGCCCGCAAUUGGACCGCAGUCAUGGGCCACUCGCCGUGGGAGUGGCUGCUCCCCAUCAAACACUCGCCGUGCUGUGAUCAUGACAGCAUGGAGAGCGACUAUCCCGCUGGAAAGCUCCUGGAUGAGCUCAAGAGACGUCAUCAUUUUCCUGGAUAUGAACCUACCGAUGCGAACUCUUCGCAGCCAAAGGAGCAUGCUGCUGUAUAA